GGCGAAAGGCUUCCUUCGCCGCCGCCUUCCUCCGCCCUUCCCUUUCCGGAGCCCAGGGCGCGCCAAAGCCGGGGCCAUGCCGUUGGAUCACCGCCGAAUCCCGGGCCCGGAAGACUCGCAGUCGCCUCUGCUGUACGUGCCGGCCGAGCCGAAGGAAAGCGGCGAAGCGAGCCAAGCCCAGCGGGACCCUUCGGCUCUGCGGCCUCUCUUCGCCCGCGUGGGGCUGCUGAGCCAAGCCAAAGGCUCGGCCUACGUGGAGCUGGACGGAGGCACCAAAGUCUUGUGCUCCGUUGCCGGACCGCGCGAAGCAGCCGGAGCAGGCGGGGUUCCAUCCGAACAACGAGGCCGGUUGGUUUGCGACUUCCGACGGGCUCCUUUCUCCGGCCGAGGAGCCCGGAGCCGUCCGGGCGAGAAAGAACCCGAGCUGGCUCUGGCGUUGCAAGAAGCCUUGGAACCGGCCGUGCGCUUGGCGCGUUACCCGAGGGCGCAGCUGGAAGUGAGCGCGCUGCUCCUCCAAGACGGCGGUUCUUCUUUAGCCGCCGCUUUGUGCGCCGCCGGGCUGGCGCUGGCCGACGCCGGCAUCGAGCUCUACGACCUGGUGGCGGCUUGCGCGCUCAGCCGGACCGGCCCGGAGUGGCGCCUCCAACCCAGCGAGCCCGAAGAGCGCGCCGCCUCCGCCCGCCUCACCGUGGCUCUCCUGCCUUCCCUCAACCAAGUCUCCGGCCUGCUGGGCAGCGGCGACGGCGGGCAAGCCGACAGCUGGGCUCAAGCGCUCCGCCUGGGGCUCGACGGCUGCCAGCGCCUUUAUCCGCUGCUGCGCCAAAGCCUCCUGCGCGCCGCCAAGCGCCGGGCGCCGGAUCCACAGGAGCCCGCCGGGAUGGAUACGGAGGAAGCUCAAGCGGGGACGGCCUGAAAUCGCCCUCUCGGG